UUUUUUACUGAUCUUGACGCAUUGUGGUUCAGAAGUUUAGACCUAAUAUGGAGUUUCUCCGGGUAGGAUAAACCAUGGUUGGGUUCGGCGCGGUUCCACAGGUAGGAACCAGGUUUUCAGAGUGAGAGAGAGGGAAAGACAGAGAAUGGAGGAGAGAGAGAGAGAAGGGAAGCUCCAAGAGCCAGUUUCACUGUAACUCCGGGUUGGGAUGGAUUGAGCAAGAGUAAACCUGUUGAAUACAACCUCGGUGAAUGAAAACUCGUUCUAGAAUAUAUUAAUUAUCAGGCAGAGUAUGGUUGGAAGCUGUCAACAGAAGAUGGAUUACUGAAGGAUUGUUUAAAAUGUGAUAGUUUAAACCUCUCUCUCUCUUUCUCCGGGAAUGUGCAAGUACUUGAAACCAUGAAGAAAUGGGAUCAGGAUUUCUAAAGUGAAGUAGAUCUUGGUUUCGAAUCUCCCUGUUAUAAGGGAGACCUGGAGUUGAGUUACUAAAGUGCUCCUAGAUCACCAAGAUAGGAGUGACAUCGUCAAUUCAAACCACCAUGGGACUCAUAGGGGACAGGAAAAGUAAAAAACAGAAGGAGAAGGAAAAGGAGAUUGAAAAGUUAAAAAUUUCUCAAAAUAAAUCAAAAUCGCCCCUAAAGAAAGGCCUUGUUGCCCCUGUGGGGGGUAUGAUGAGGUACCCUGCAGGGUACUACACCACCCCUGCCCCCCACUCCUCCUGGGCCCAUCAUGCCCACCCUGGUCAACCUAAACAACAGGCAAACCUUAACCCUAGAUAUCAAACAUGGGUUGCCCCAAGAAAACAGCCUCAUCUUAAUCAACUGCGUGUGGAUCCUGAGAUAGUAUUUACAAAACAAGAGAGGAUUGGUAAAGGAUCUUUCGGAGAAGUUUUUAAAGGAAUAGACAAUAGAACUCAACAGGUUGUUGCGAUCAAGAUAAUAGACCUUGAGGAGGCUGAAGAUGAGAUUGAAGAUAUCCAACAGGAGAUUAUGGUUCUAUCACAAUGUGAUUCACCCUUUGUUACCAAAUAUUUCGGAUCCUUUCUAAAGGGGACGAAGUUAUGGAUAAUAAUGGAAUAUUUGGGAGGUGGUUCAGCCCUAGAUCUAAUGAAAGCUGGAAGCCUAGAAGAGAUGCACAUCUCUAUAAUCCUACGCGAGGUUCUUAAAGGAUUAGAAUACCUUCAUAUGGAAAGAAAAUUGCAUAGAGAUAUAAAGGCUGCUAACGUGCUGUUGAGUGAUAUGGGUGAUGUCAAGCUGGCGGAUUUUGGUGUCGCCGGUCAGCUUACUAAUACAACUAGUAAACGAAAUACAUUUGUAGGAACACCAUUCUGGAUGGCUCCGGAAGUUAUAAAACAGUCAGCGUAUGACGCAAAGGCCGAUGUGUGGAGUUUAGGGAUAACAGCAAUUGAGUUAGCUAAGGGAGAACCCCCCAACUCCGACCUCCACCCCAUGAGGGUCCUCUUCCUUAUCCCGAAGAACAAUCCGCCCCAGUUGACUGGGAAUUUCUCCAAACAGUUCAAGGAGUUUGUAGAAACCUGUUUAAAUAAGGACCCAGAGAAUCGACCGUCAGCUAAAGAGUUGAUGCGGCAUCCGUUUAUCAAGAAGGCAAAGAAGAACUCCUACCUGAUGGACCUAAUUGACCGACACCGGAAGUGGAAGUUGACCCGCGGGGACGAGAGUGAAUCUGACUCUGGAGGAGAGUCCGGGAGCGAGGCUACGGAGGACAGUGACACGGACUGGAUAAUGACGGUGAAGGGGAACCCUCUGGAGAUGAUGCGGGGGAUGGAGGGGGUUGGAUCAGAUCCUAUUUCUCCGCCCAGCUACGACAGCCUUGGAUAUUCAGAACCUGUAAAUAGUGUCAAUAAUAAGGUAUCAAAUGGAUUGGCUGUGAAAGAAGAUAGGUCCAAAAGUCCUAACUCCGAUCCCUGGGUUGGAAGUCCCACUAAGGAAGGACGAGGAGGAAGUCCAUCCAAAGAGGUUCGAGGUCGGAGUCCUCCGAAAGAAGUGCGAGGUCGGAGUCCGCAGAAGGAAAUCAUCAGUUCCAGUAUAUCUCCAUCCAAAAGUGAUUCUUCCAUUGUGAACUCUGUAGAGAAGAAGAGAGAGUCAAGGAGCCUGGAGCAAUUAAACGUUGCAGUAGAGAACAGAGCCAGGGAGGAGGAAGCUAGAAGAAACGCAGAGAACGAGAGAAGGAGGGAAAUAGAGAACGAGAGAAGGAGGGAGGAUGAGAAAGAGAGAAGGAGAGAGGAUGAGAAGGAAAGAAGAAGGGAGGAUGAGAAGGAGAGAAGAAGGGAGGAUGAGAAGGAGAGGAGAAGGUUGGAUGAGGAGAGAAAGAGGAAGGAGGAGCGAAGAAAGAGUGGGUCUGGAUAUAGAGAAAAAUCCCCGAAUAAACAUUUAAAAGAGAAGGAGAACAAGGAGGAGAAGCGGAAGGAUAAGGCGGAACGAGGACGGAAAAGUGAUGAAGGAAGAAGAGAUGACCGACGCACUAGUCUUAGCAUUCUUCAUAAUACAGUCAAUCCUUUGUUAUCAGAGUUGCAGCGACGUCACGGGUUGGGUCGUGAAAGUCGACACAGCGACGCUGUAGACGAAUUAAAAAAUGCAUUUGAAAUUGCCGAGAGGAGUUCACCAGGGAUUACUAAUAGGUUUGUUGAGGAUAUUCUUCGUAAACUUCAACCAUCCCUCUCCGAUUCCAGGGUCCAUCAUGCUCUGGAAAAUCUUUCAAGAUAGUUACGUGACAACACAAUGUAACGUGAUAAAAUUCAAAGUUACGUGACAAUUUAGUGUAACGUUGUAGUAUUUAUUGUUAACUGAAAAUGUAAUGACGUAAUACUAUUGAUUGAUACGUGACAAUGUAGUGUAAAUUUAUACUAUUAAAUGUUACGUUACAAUUUAGUGUAACGUAAAACUAAUUAUUGUUACGUGACUAUGUCGUGUAAAGUGAUUCUAUUUAUUUUUAUGUGACAAAGUAGCGUAACUUAAUACUGUUUAAUGUUACGUAACAAUGUUGUGUAACAUGAUACUCUGUAUUGUUACGUGACAAUGUAGUGUAACAUAAUUCUAUUCAAUGUUACGUAACAAUGUACUGUAACAAAACCAUGUAAAAUGAUGCAUACCAUUGUAGUGUAACUUGUUACACAAAGAUGCAUUGGAUUCAAUGAUACGUGACAAUGUAAUGUAACGUAAUGCUAUUAUUUGUUACAUGACCAUACAAUGUAACGUAAAAUUUUCCAUUUUUACAUGACUAUGUUAUGUGGCAGUAUCACCUUGUGCAUCCAUGUUGUCACGUGAUCAAAACUGUUUUCACGAUGUAAUUAUUUUGCAUACGGGGGUUAGAUUGUUUUCUUCCAGAGAAUACGUAUUCAAUAUAUAUGUAUUGUAUUAGAUGUUUAAUCAGUGUAAAAAGGAUAAAAAUCGGGAAUAAUUCACACAGGAACGUUAUUUGAAUUGUUAUGCUCUCAACACUACUUUCCUGAGACUCCACUUGGUGAUCACGUAACUUUCGGUAACGUGACUUAUCCCUUAAAGGAUAGCCUAGUAUUUUAUCUACCUAUCUUAUGUGAUAUACACGUAUACUUAAUCAGAUAUGGGUUUAAUUAUUGAUAGCAAAAAAUGCGCAACUUCCCUGAUUGCUUAGUUUAAGAAGUGAAGAAUUCCAGUUUUAGCAGCAUAAUAUAUUUUUAGAAGUAAACCCAUAUUCAUUAUUCCCAAUCAAAACAUUCCAUAUUUCCGAGAGUGGACAUUUUGUGUUUUUUGACGAUUAGUUUAUUUUGCCAGUUGAACCCUAUAAUCAUGUAAUUGUUACUGUCAUCAUAAUAUUCUAUUCUUUUGAUUAAAAAAAGAUUGAAAUAUAUUUAUAUUUGAAAUAAU